AUGUUCAGAUUCCUUGUAUGUGAACUUCAUCGGCUUGGAUUUGACAAAGAGACCGUCUAUGAAGAGCUCAGACAGUCUGUAAGGAUGGCUCCACAGUUCCGGUUUGACUGGUUCAUUAAGAGCAGGACAGCGAUGGAACUCCAACGCCGAUGUAAUACUCUCAUAACGCUAAUAGAAAAGGAAAUGGGUGAAACCGAAGUUAAACAUCGCACUAAAAAAGAUGCAAAAGAUAAGGCUAAUGCCCCUUCAGGUAGGAAAACAAUUAUUACUCAGCCCUAG